UUAUGAUUUUCACUUUUCUAUUUUUUUUAUACAUUAGAUAUUCAUUUUUAUGCAUCAAAUAUUAAUCACUUAGUAUUGUAAACGUUUAAACUCACAACUUUAUUCCUAAAUCAAGACUUUUAAACUUAAUGAUACCAAUUUGGCCAAUUCUUAUUGGUAUCUUAAAAUUUUAAUUAUUUAAAUCACAGUCACUUAAAAUCCCACAAGAUAACUAACUCUUAAUUUAAAUCAAACAAGAGAUGAAAUAUUAGUGAUAAUUACAAUUUUGUAUAGUUUCAAAAUAACUAAUUACCAUUUAAGGAGGGUUAGAAAGUCAAUCCUUACAAGUCUUAAUUUUAAGAAUUAUUCUAAAUAAGUAUCCUUCACUACCAGCUUUGCCCUUAAUUUAAACUCAAAUUCUAAAAUUAUUGCCAUUAAUGAAAUCUCCAAAUAUUUAAUUUUAGAGCAGAGAAGGAAACCAAUAUUUGUCCAAUGUCUUUCUUAGUUUGUUUCUUAAUAAUCAUUGGUGAGAGAUUGAUUGAGAAAUUUAUAAGCAUAGUGUAAUGCACCUCUUUUAAGAGUUUUAUGUGGAUUUAUGAUUUGCUCGAAAAAGGCUUAAACAAUGCAAAGCGGGGUUUUCACAAUAUCCGACCCAAUCUCUUCCUCUUCUUUUCAAAGAAGUCGAACCAAUCACUCAUAAAAUCAAUCACCGGCAGCAACCCACCUUGUCACAGUGAUCUAAUGAACACAGCUCAAAUUUGGGGUGGUUUGCUUAGGACUUCAAUUACAAUCUCUAGAUCUAGAGUUGUUGAAGAGGUAGCUAAUUUAAAUUUUGAAAAGUCAGAUGAGGAAGAGGAGGAGUUUGAGAAAGUUGAAAAAGGCCAAGUUGAUGAUAAUGAUGAUUAUGAGGUUGAGGAAGAGGAAAUGGAAGUUGAAGGGAGUGAUUUUGAUUAUUAGAUUUCAUGAUAAACUUAAAAUUUUUAAUUUGCAUGUAUUGAAAUUGUCAUUGACUCAGUAUUUAUACUUUUAAAGUUUGUUAUGUUACGGCAUUGAAGCAACAUGGGAGUUAAUUUUUCUAGAUGCAUCUUAUAGAUAUUGUGCAAGACACUUAUGCCAACUUGGCCAAAUUUUAUAAGAGUGAAGAAUAUAAAAGGAGGUUGUAAGAGCUAAAGAAACUACAUGGCAAAGUGAGUUUGAGCAACAAGUGAAUAACCUAAAGAAACUCUCAAAGUAGGCAUAGACAAGUUUUGCAACAAUCUUUCCAAUGUACUAAUGCAAGGCUUUUUUUGAUGAGGAUAUAUGUUGUGAUGCUAUCGACAAUAAUAUGUAUGAGUCUUUUAAUUUUUGAAUUAUAAGGUACAAAGCAAUUAUCAAUUGAGUUGAUGUUGAGGGAACAAUUAAUGGAAAGGAUUGCU